UGCCCUCUGCGUCGUGCCGUACCCCGCGGUCCCGCUGCUCCUAAUUACGCACCAACGGUGGCAGCGCUUGAAGAACUCGGGCAAGACUUUGGAAGAGCUAUGGCUUAAUCCCUCGGCCAGGACUGCAGAAUGUGAGGCACGCUUCGAGAGACACUGUUGCCUCCUUCUCGGCAAUUCGACGCCCUCCUUUCCGAACUCCUGGAAUGUGUGUGACGGCCAGCUGGCAUUUCAGCCCUUGGGGCAUCCCGGUUAAGCCGGCGCAGCCUAUAAGUCUCAAGUCGUGCCUGCCGAGUACUCGUUCUUUUGUUUGUGCGCGUUCCCAUUCGUCGGCGACGCCUGGACCAUGAACUGUGGAGGAGCAGCUCUGACCAUGGCUGUUAAUGGUGGACCUGCGCGGCAACCCUUCACGGCGAGCGUCGUCACGGCGAGCUUCCAGACGUCGAGCGUCGUCAGCGCUCACGAGCUAAGUCCUAUAGAUGGUCCCCAAGCUGUCGAGGGUGGCGCACGCCUUACCGAAGUUAACUGUUUGUUCAGUUCCACUAGUUAGCGCUCGCUAAGAUUGUACACCUACAUUUGAAAAUUACCUAAAGUUUUGUUGCUUAACUGUAAGCCCGAGGAGUUUCGGGGGCAUGGCUGCGACCACAUGGGUCUCCCCCGUGCCGGAAUCGAAGAGGACGGGCCACCGUGUUCGGGGUGGCGGCGCGGGUAGCUUCAGGCUUAGCUGACACACAGCUUAGCUCACACUAGGCAGGCUAGCUGAUAGCGUCCUCUUUUCGACUGCGGCAAGGACAUGGACCCGUUCCGAAUUGCACUGCGACCCGACCACUAUUUCGUCACAAGGUAGCCCGGGCGCGUCAGUGCUAUCGAGCGAAAUGUGGAUUCGGGGGAGCACUCGGAAUUACCUCGCCAGCUUUUAGCUACUAAUCCUGCUUAAUGCAGCCCUCGACGCCGGACGUCGCCUGCGGUCCUCAUCGGAGCUCGGCCGGGCACCAGCGACAAUUAUCACUCGUAUCGCGGCCUACCGUGUUCCCUCGUCGGUGUGGUCUUGCUGGCAGGCGAGACCAGGGUCGUCGCCCUGCACUACUACGGAAUCCUAACGUUUGCUUUUGAUUGCGGCCCACGAGUAGGAAGAAUAUCCAGUGUGCUGCUCCACGUCUGCCAUCCUCCCAACGUCCUCGCACAGGAGAUGGCCUUGAGCACCACUCGUACCAUGGCUGGCCGCGUUGGCUCCAUUGCAUUCUACCACCCAUAUGGCGUCCUGCUGGCAGACGGGACUUCGUUUGGAGCCCUGCUACUACUGAAUAUUGACCUCUGCUUUCGGUUGCGGCCCACAAGUAGGAUGUCCAUUGUGCUGCUCCACGUUUGCCAUCCUCCCAACGUCCCCAUAGGAGAUGGCCCUGAGCACCACUUGUACCGUGGCCGACCGCGCUCCAUCGCCGGUAUGCAGUCUUGCUGGCUGACGAGACUGCUCAUCGCCCUGCACUGCUACGUGAUCCCAACGUCUGCUUUCGAUUGCGGCCUACGAGUAGGAAGGACAUCGGUGUGCCGCUCCUUGCCAUCCUCCCAAGGCCUUGAGAACCACUCGCACCGUGGCAGACCGUGUUUGUUAGAUUGCAUUCCCUCACCGAUGGUGUCCUGCAGGCAGACGGGACUUGCUCCUACUACUGAUGUUCGUUUUCGAUGGCGGUGCACGAGGACAAUCCAGGCAGUGUUUCCAAAAGAUGAGAUCACAUUGAGCAGCAAUCGUUCCAUGGCUGUCCACCUGAGCAUAUUGGCCGACAACUGUGGACAUCGAAGUCUGAGCGUGGCCACAAACCGAGGACCUGCAAAGCAACCCCUUGUCACAGCGAGCUUCUUUCUGCGCGACGAGCUUAAAUGCUCACCAAGUAAGAUAGAUGCCAGAUGUUCUCCAAGCUGGCGAGGAUGGCGCACGCUUUUGAGUUGUCAGUUGAGUGCAGCUGUAUUCGAAAAUUACGUAAGUUUAGAUUAGGUGAUUAAUUGUAAGCCCGAAGUUUGUGGGCACUGCUGCGGCCACAUCGGGUCUUCUCCGUGACGGAAUCGAAGAGGACGGACCACACCCGCGGAGGCGGCGGGUGCAGCUUCAGGCGUAGCGAAUUGCGGGUAGGCUUAGCUGACACCCGGCAGGCUGUAGCUGACAGCCGUCCUCUUUCGAUUGCGCCAGGGACAUGAACCCGUUGUGUUUGGAAGUGAUUAACCCAUUCUGCAUGUCCUUGCGACCCGACCACUAUUUCGCCACAAGGUAGCCCGGGCGCGUCAGUGCUACCGAGCGAAAUGUGAAUUCGUGGAAGCAAACGACAUCCGGAAUCGCCUCGCCAGCUUUAGCUGCCGCGGCAUCGCACGUCACCUUGUGGUCUCCAGCUGAGCUCGGCCCUGCAGUAGCUAAUGUAAGUGGUCCAUUUCGUUGCAAUUGCAACUGUUCGUUUUUGGCGUUUAUGCUCCUCCCUUCGUUGCAGAGGAUGACCUUGAGAAGCACUCGUGGAUGACCUUGACACCAUGCUGGCUUCUUCGCAUUCCCUCGCCGGUGGUCUUGCUGGUGGACGAUGCUUUGUUCCUCGCCCGGCACUACUCCUGGCAAGUACCUUGAACACUCGAAUCUUGCUACGGCUGUGUUCUCGAGUGUUUAAUAAGACCCGCGUGAUUUCAGGUUCCGACCGUCUGCUUUCGACUUCGGCUAUUCACAAGAAUAUCCGGCGCGCUUCUGCAAUCUAGUCUCCGGCCUACGGUACAGCGAUGCAUUUUAGCUCUUCUCGUCCUAUAUGGCCGGCCGUGUUACGUCUGCGUUUUCUCGCCUGUGGCUUCUCGCUGAGACAGUGUCGUUCGGCUCCCUGCGGUAGUUCUGGCUAGAACCAUGUACACUUCAAUCCUACUACGGAUGUGUUCUCGCAUGGUUUAUCAGCCCUGCGGCAUUUCAGAUUCCGAACGUCUGCUUUUGAAUUAAGCGUCGUCAGAAGUUGUUCCAAUGACGGCUCUUGUUCGUGUUCUCACUGUUUUCCUUCACUCUGUUGCUACACCUUCCCGGGGCCGCAAAGAAACUUUGUGGGCUCCCGAAGAAACUUGCUGUCGGCUGCCUUUAAUAUGCAGGCCCUCGAGGUUUGGUUUGUGCUUGGGAAAGUUUUCUCCACGCAUAUUUUCCCAAAGGCUCUUGAAUGUCACUCUCCACGUAAGACGAUGUUACCUUUCUUCAGUUCCUGGUGACAUUUCAGAGCUGCUUUCAUUUUCGCACCUCUAAAUUCUUUCGUGUACUCGGAGGGCUAUAUUUUUCAGGCUUCCCGUGGUUUCCACUUUCCACGGCUGCCGUCCUAUUCAUCAGUCUCCUCCCAGUUUUGUUUCCGCCAGUCGGUUGGAGUAUAGGCUAUCCAGGUUCAUCGUAAACGUAUGUUAGCGACUGGUUGUUCAAAUCUACUUCGUACGUUAAGGUAUAUAGUUCUCCAAUAUGCGGUACACAUCGGCCAAUCGUUUGCGCAGUUGACUUGAAACUAUGGAGUAGCCUUUCAUAGAAACCACCCCACCAGUGCGUUUUCCAGAAAUCUCACUUGGUGAUUGGUGACGAAAUCUCGAGCUGUUUCGCGAUGUAAUGUAGAGAUCGCAUCCAAUUGUCUGUUUCCUGAAAGUCUGUUGUUGUCGUUGAGCACGUUUCUUUUCGAGCCAAGAAGCGCCGAAAAGCUUGUAUAAAACUGAGGUGAAGCGUCUCUGCUACAACGUGCCGGGGACGGAGCGUAGCAUCCGAGGCACACGCCAGACGAAGGCUGCCAGAACAAGAACGCUUUAUUUCGUAGCGGCUAUCUUUUUAAAGCCGCCCGUCAAACCAAACAAGUAAAACCAGGUACAAAUUGGUCCACAAGUAAACAAGCGCUAUCACAGCACCACGCGAAGCCAUGUGCGCGCACGCGCAGUACAAUCUACUUUGCAGCAGUCCUCCCUCCUCAUGGUGGAUACCGCUGUACUGGUUUUCUAACUCGAGUCGAAUGGCGAAGCACGGGCUCAGCUGACUCCUCGGUGGUUGAGGCUUCAUUAGGCUGAGCUGCAGUUCCAGCUGACGACCCAGCCAUUAUUUCGCCUGUAGCACCCGCAGAGCUGUAUCUCACACGAACCUGGUCCAGGUGCCGUUCAAUUAGCCCGGCUGAUGUCUCGACGGUAACCAUACGGGUGCCGCCCGUUCGCUUGAUUGUACCAGGCAGCUACUUUUCCCCCUCACCGAAGUUUCGGACCCAAACUGCGUCGCCAGGACAGAAUUUGCUUGGCGUGUCUUCCUGCGAAAAUAAAGGAAACGACAAAGGGUGGAGGAAGACAUGUGUCUAGGCGAGAGCGAAUUUGGUAGUUCAGAAGCCUCUGUGACGGUGAUUUGUCUCCUUGCGGCAUUCUUCGGUAGUUGAAAAGAAGCCUGGACAGUCGUGUAGAUAGGCUACCUUGCGGAAGCUUCUUUAGACCCUCUUUGAUUGUACGUACGGCUCUUUCUGCAAGCCCGUUCGACUGCGGGUGCUACGGUGCAGUGCGCAGAUGCAUCACGUUAUUUCCGGACAGAAAUUUCGCAAAUGUCUCCGAAGUAAAUUGCGUUCCGUUGUCCGUUACAAUCGUCCUCGGAAUGCCAAAACGAUUGAACAUCUCGCGCAACGCCGUGAUGGUCGAUUCAGCUGUGGCAUGUUGCAUCGGAACCGCUUCAAUCCACUUGGAAUGUGAAUCCACUGCGACUAAGAUCAUUGCACCGUUCAAGGGACCGGCAAAAUCGAGGAACGCGGGACCAGUUUUCUUGAGUCGGCGGCCAGUUGAUCGGCGUUUCUGCCGGAGGCAACGGCCUAGCUUGCAUACAAAUGUCACACUUGCGGCUCAAGUGUUAAAUUUCCUGGUCUAGUCCAGGCCACCACAUACUUGUUCGCGCGACCGCUUUCAUAGCAGAGACUCCCUGGUGCGUCUCGUGCAGCAUCUGCAGCAUUCUGUCACGCGCCGCUUCCGGAAUGACCACUCUAUUACCCAAAAGAUCAUGCCGUGUGCUACAGUCAACUCAAGUUUCCUUGCCACGUACGCUCGCAAGCACAGUUCCACGUGUUUUUUUCUUGCGGCCAACCCUUCAGUAUGGACGACUUCACGAUUCGCAAUACCUUGUCGGCUUCCGUUAGUUGGCGGAGCUCGUGUGACGUCACAGGUGUCUCGUCAAGUUGACGCAAAGAGUGCACGUAUUCUGAAAUUUCUUCAGGGGCAUCGUCAGGAGUUGGGAGUGGAAGCCUACUGAGGGCGUCGGCAUUUUGUCUGCUCCGGGUUUGUGCUCGAUCUUGUAUUGGUACGCUCCCAAAAGCAAAGACCAACGCUGGAUGCGAGCCGCUGCCAUGACAGGUGUAGGUCGGUCUUCCCGGAAUAAGCCAACCAACGGCUUAUGGUCCGUCACCAGUACGAAUGACCACCCCAAAAGGUAAUCCCGGAACUUGCUUACGCCGAACACCAAUGCUAAGGCCCUCCCGCUCGAGCUGCGAAUAAUUUCGUUCGGCCUGGGUCAGUGUUCGCGAACGAAACCCUAUAGGCUUGUCGACGCCGGCAACUCGAU